CUUCUCCUUAAGCACUUUGUGACUUAUGUCUGUGAAAAGCGCUUUAUAAAUACAUUUUACUUACUUACUUACAUAUAAUGAUAACUAUUUCUUUGUGCAUUGAAAAAUAUUUUUGUGGCGUGAGUCCUUAAUCACAAAAUACAUUUGUGAAUCUUUCUGUGUGCAUUCAUUAAUAUUGAGACUGAUCUGACCCUGUAGUGUUUGUGUUCCUGUGUGAAGUCAUCCUCCCAGGUCCUGUAUGAGGGAAGUACUUGAACAGACCAACAAAGUCUCUUACUACAGCUUCCUAAUGAGCCUGGCUAAACACGAGACCAUCAACCAGACUAUUGGAGCAUUACCCAGCAUGGCAGAGUUCCUCAUUGAUCCAGAGAUGGACCAGGAACUGGACAAACUAAUCGCCCAGAUCUCAGUGAGUCCUGGCAGCAACAGCAGCGGCAGUGCGGUGGGGGGGCUGAAGGAGGUGCAGAGGAGGGCCUCCCCCAGGAGGAACAUCCACCACAGGAGGAAGAUGGAGGUGGAAAGCGAUGGUUCCACGGAAGAGACCGACUCCUCUGAAAACUGACCUCUAAUCUUCCACCAGUCUCUGUGACACCUCACCUUCCAUCUUAAGUGGGAAACACACUGUGGCUGUAUGGUACAUGUCAAAACGUCCAUGACCAUUAUUAGUUAUGUGAACCCACACUAGUAGUGGAUCAGCACACAGCGGUGCAAGAGAACACUCCACCUUGCGACAGACUGUCUGCUUUUUCUCCAGCAUGAGUCUUCAUCAGAGUAGCUCUGCAUGCACUCUAGAUUGACUGUUGAUGCUACGUAUUGUUCUCUUAUGUGCUCUUAGGUCCUAAAGAUGUGCAAGUCCCACGUCUGCACAUGAUCAUGUGACAUGCUACUGCUCUGCACAGUGUUUUGUAUUUUACUGGAAUCUUACCAAACAGAAUGUUUGUAUUGGUUGGCAGUAAUGGUAUUUAUUUAGUUAUGAGUAGUAUAAACUAAGUAGAAUAUCAACAGUAUCACUCCAGUUUAUACUCUAUUUCAAAGUAUUUGCAAUUUUACCUGAAAUUUGGUUGUUGUCAUGUUUGAGAAGCCUCUUCAUACCAUUAUGAAACACCAAUACUCUCCACUACGAGUGAAACUAAGAAGUAGUUUAAGUAAGUUAGCUGCUCCAUAUUACGCAAAACAAGGCAGGUCUCAUUGCUGGAAUACAAGAUAGGAACCUCUGUCAUCUUGGGUGUGGAAUUACUGACUAAGUGUUUGAUUUUGACUAGUAGUUCUCUUGAAUACCUAUGUUGAAUACACUUAUUGUAAGUUGCUUUGGAUAAAACCGUCUGCUAAAUGACUGUAAUGUAAUGUCGUUUUUUUUUUUAUAAAAUGCUGCACUUAAUGUUUUCAAACCUACCUAAUGUACAGCAUUCCUGCUGCUUUAAAUCCUUCCCUUUAAAGGAAGGAUUUAUAAUCUGAAUUGACCUCAAGAUGGUCUUCAUCUUCAGACACAUCCUCCUCUAUUUCACUGUCGUGAUCAAGGAUGUGCUCCAGAGCCUCCAGGGCUUUCAUCCUUUUGUCUCUGUUGCUCAUGUUGUCCUACAGUAAGCUGCUGUGUUGUAUGUAUCUGCAGAGUGUAAUGUUGGUUGGACUCCCAAGCAACCAUUCUGUAUGUUUCACCCUGCUUUCCCCUGCUAAGUGUGAGCGGAGUUUUCCCUCGAGGAAAUAAAAGGUUCCCGAAGUCCCAAA